AUGACGUCUUUUCUUAUUGAGAUUCAUUUCAUCCUGGCAUCAGAAGGAACCUCAUCUCGAACAUCUGAAAAGCUUGACACAAUGACAGCCACCACACCGCAGCCCUUCUCCGUACCGGUAUUGUUUACCGAGAUUGAUCAUGAACCAAAGAACAUCUGGACUGACUAUGGCCCUACUGAGAGGCGAAUCAUCGCCAAAGGAUGGGUCAAAGAGGAGGGUCGCAAGGCAUUUUCGGUUGAUACAAUCUGGGACAAGGAUGUCCGGAUUCCGCUCCGCGAUGGUGUCGAACUCUUGCGUGACGAUUUUCGUCCAGUGACGUCCGACGACAAGCAUGUCCCGGCUAUCAUGCCAUGGAGUCAUUACGGCAAGUCCGGAACAGGCAUUCAGCAGCUCGACAUGUUUCCAUGGAGAGUCGGCGUGCCUCGUUCCGAAACAAGUGGUCUGGAGAAGUGGGAGGCGCCUGAUCCUGCUGAGUGGGUUACCCGCGGCUAUGCGGUUGUGAACAUCGAUGCUCGCGGGUCCUUCAAAUCCGGCGGCGAUCUCGUUGCGUACGGGACUCAAGAGGGCCAUGAUGGGUACGACUGUAUCGAGUGGAUCGCGCAGCAACCCUGGUGUAAUAAGAGGGUGUUCAUGGCCGGGAACUCAUGGCUGGGGACAACGCAAUGGUUCAUCGCUGCUGAACAACCUCCUCAUCUGGCUUGCAUGGCACCCUGGGAGGGGCUGGGAGACUACUACAGAGAAUCCAUCUGUCGCGGCGGCAUACCUGACCAUGCUUUCUGGAGACCCGGGAAGCGCGAGGAUGUCGGCGCGAUGGUGGAAAAGUACGGUACUUGGAAUGACUAUUGGGAGGACAAGAAGCCGAAGCUCCGCAACAUCGUUGUUCCAAUGUAUGCUACCGCCAGCUUCUCAACCAGGCUACAUACCGAAGGAUCACUGAGGGGAUUCAUGCUCUCUCGGUCAUCUGAGAAAUGGUUGCGCUGGUGCUACACCCAGGAGUGGCACGACAUAUACAAACCAGAGAACAACGACGACCUGCAGCGAUUCUUUGACAAGUACAUGCUCGACAAGGAUAACGGCUGGGAAUCCACGCCUCGGGUUCGAUACUCACUCCUGGGCUACAACCGUCCCACCAUCAUCAACGUGCCAAGUGAUCAGUAUCCUCCAGCCAAGUUCAAGUACGAAACGUUGUUCCUCGAUGCGACGACGGGAUCUCUGGGGCCUCAUAAACCGUCCAAGGAGGGCCUGGUUGGGUACCAAGCGGAUUCGCCUUCUGACAACGGAUGCUGGUUCGUCCACACCUUCGAGGAGUACACCGAGCUGUGUGGUAUCUCAAAGGCCAAAGUAUACGUGUCAACACCUAAUGAUGACGAUAUGGACGUCUACGUCGUGCUACGCAAGCUCGACAAGAACGGCAAAGAGCUGUGGCAUCAGAACAUUCCCAUGGAAGACCUCCCAACGGGCACAACAGUGGACGAUAUUCCGAACCAUAACGUCUGGCGCUACAUCGGACCCAACGGCCGUCUUCGUGCAUCGCAUCGCGCCAUCACCUAUGAGUCGCUUACGGACCUUGGCCCAGACGAAUACAAGGAACUGAUGGGACCCGCGUACGUGUACCAUCCUCAUACAGCAACACAGCCAUUACGCCGCGACCAAGUUGUCGAGCUCGAGAUUAGUCUCUGGCCUGGGGGUUUGAUCUUUGAUGCUGGAGAAUCCAUGAGUCUCAAUUCUUAG